GCGGCUUCCACGGUACGACUGUCGCAAAGCUCUUUCCACCAUCUCCGAGCUACUUUUGUCCGUCGCAUUCACAUCUCAGCCUAAUAUCACCUACAAUCCUUCGCAACAAGCAAAAUCCGCGACACGAUGUUGGCCACCGGGCGCGGCAGCAUUGCCCAAGUGCACUACACUGGAGAAGAGGCUGCCGGUGAGAUCAACAAGCUUCUAGGCGCAGUCGUAGAGAAUGAAGACGAUUUCGAGAGGUGGGAAGCGCUCGUCACUCGCGCCUCUGAGCUCGAAGGCGGUGUCACCCGCAACUCCAGUCCGUCGGCCAUCGAGCUCGUCCGCAACGUCUACGACUGCUUUCUCACAAAGUUCCCGCUGUUUUUUGGAUACUGGAAGAAGUAUGCCGACCUCGAGUUCUCGAUUGGCGGUACCGAGACUGCGGAGAUGGUGUACGAGCGUGGUGUUUCCUGCAUUACACCGUCAGUGGAUCUCUGGGCCAACUACUGCACCUUCAAGAUGGACACGUCGCAUGACAACGAUGUCAUCCGAGAGCUUUUUGAGCGGGGCGCUCAUUUUGUCGGACUCGACUUUCAAAGCCACCCAUUCUGGGACAAGUACAUUGAGUUCGAGGAGCGCAUCCAAGAGCCAGCCAACGUUACCAAGAUCUACAGCCGUGUCUUGCACCUGCCCAUCUACCAAUUUGCCCGAUACUACGAGAAGUUUUCCGUUUUGCUCUCCAACCGACCAGUGGAGGAAUUAGCCGAUCCCGAGACGCUCGAAAGCAUGAACGCUGCGGUCCAGCUAGAGAACCAGGGACAACCCGAGAAGCCGGCGCUUGAGGUUGAGCGACAGCUGCGCACAAAGAUCCACGAAUAUUACUACAACUCGUACUCCAAGACACAGCAGGAGGUGACAAACCGCUGGACCUUUGAACACGCGAUUAAGAGGGCCUACUUCCACGUCACAGAGCUAGAAGAGUCGGAACUUGAAAACUGGCGCAAGUACCUCGAGUACGAGGAGAAGCAGGGAGACUUUGAGCGCACGUCCUUCCUGUACGAACGCUGCCUGGUUGCCUGUGCGCUGUACGAUGAAUUCUGGCUGCGAUACGCCCGUUGGAUGUUCUCGCAGGGCAAAGAAGAGAACGCAAGAAUCAUCUACAUGAGAGCUAGUUGCAUAUUUGUGCCCAUCUCAGCCCCCGCCAUACGCCUCAAUUGGGCUCGGUUCGAGGAGAAGCUCGGUCGAACCUCUGUAGCUCGCGAUAUCUACCUUUCUAUGCUCGAAGAGGCGCCUGAGCACACGGAGACUCUCAUUUAUCUUGCAGGCGUCGAGCGACGGCACCAAGGCAACGAUGCGGCCGUCCAUCUUCUGGAAGAAUACAUUGAAGGGUCCAACAACCAGAUUGGCGGCAUACUAGCAGCGGAGCAAGCACGAAUACUCUGGCAAUGCAAGGGCAGCGUUGACGAGGCACGUCAGAUUUUCAAGGACAAGUACGAGCGAUUCCGAGACUCGCGCGAGUUUUGGAUCAAAUAUCUGGAGUUCGAAGUGGCACAGCCUUCCUCCGACCAGGAAGAGUCUCAUGCCCGGAUAAAGGCGGUUCACGAGCUGAUGCGCACCAAGGGCCGCUUCACUCCUCAAGUCGCAAAAGAGCUAUCACACUUUUACAUGGCCUACCUCCUGGACCGUGGUGGCAAGAACGCAGUCGAGGAAUAUAUGCAGUUGGAUAAGGAUGUCAACGGUGCGAAACAGGUUGAAGACGUAUCUGUUGCUCUGCCCGUUGUGCCGGCAAAGCCCAGUCACCGAACCCGCUUCUAGCAGUGCGGUAGUAAUCUGACGAGGUGUGGUUUCCCUCUAGUACCAGAGCGCUUUGACGUGUUCAGCCUCUACGCCCAAAAGUAACUCUUGAUCAGCUGCGUGUCGACCCAGAUGGAGCCGGCCAUGGUGCAUUUUACGGUGCAUGGCCGAAGACGAUAAUUUUUACAACGCCCCUCUGAGAAAGGUGCUCGGUCAAGUGCCCUUGAUAGGUAAAGCUCUUUUUGAUCCCGUUGACGCUCUUUGUUUUUCUGUUGUUGUUUCUUUAUUGACGGCAUUAUAUAUUUAUGGCGUUUGUAAUUUUUUUUGGUAACCAUGCACGAAAAAAGAAAAGUGCAUGUCUAGGCUCGCAAGAAGAACUAUUCCUUUUAUUUUAUUCCCCGACUUGCUACCAUGCAAGCAACAUGGAGGGCCCGCUGUUUUUGAUAGAAAAAUAUGUG